CACAUAUUUCAACAAAUACCUAAAACUUAAACCCAAAUCUCCCCCUCCCCACAAUCCAAAAUCCGUAUCAAAACAUCUUCCAAACACAAUCACCCCUGCCAUUAGCCCUAAUUUCACCAAAACAACACACAUUUCACAGUAACCCCUCAAUAACAAUAAGAUGAUGAGGUGGGAAAAACUGGACAUACACAACGGAGGCCCAGGCAAGAGGUGGGGCCACACCUGCAACGCCGUUCGCGGUGGUCAGCUGCUGUAUAUCUUCGGUGGUUACGGUGAAGACAACACUCAGACUAAUAAAGUUCACGUUUACGACACCACUACAAGAACAUGGAGUGAACCUGAUAUGCAAGGCACACUGCCGGUGCCUAGAGAUAGCCACAGCUGCACAACAAUUGGAGAUAAGUUGUUUGUUUUCGGGGGCACAGAUGGAAACAAACCUCUUAAUGAUUUGCAUAUUUUGGAAACAUCUACAAAUACAUGGACGACUCCGUUUGUUAGAGGGGAGGGCCCGGAAGCACGAGAAGGACACAGUGCUGCACUUAUCGGCAAACGACUAUUCAUCUUUGGGGGAUCUGGCAAGUCUUGUGACACUCUCGUUGAAGAAUAUUUUGACGAUCUAUACAUAUUAAAUACAGAGACAAUGGUGUGGAAACGAGUGGCAACAACGGGAAUUCCACCAUCCAAGCGUAACAGUCAUACUUGUGUCUCAUGGUCAAACAAAAUUAUCGUCAUUGGUGGUGAAGAUACCCAGAACUAUUAUUUGUCCGAUGUUCAGAUGCUUGAUACAGAUACGCUUACCUGGACAAAGUUGGUAACCAAUGGCGAGCUGUUGCCACCUAGAGCCGGUCAUACAACUAUUGCACUGGGCAAAAACUUAUUUGUCUUUGGAGGUUUUACCGACGCCGAAGACCUUUUUGACGACUUAUAUAUGUUUGAUCUUGAAACUUUUAAGUGGACCAAGGUUAUGACAGUAGGAGUGGGGCCCUCUGCUAGAUUUUCUAUGGCGGGAAGCACUUUACAUCCGCAUCAUGGUGGUGCUCUUGUAUUCAUCGGUGGAUGCAAUAAGAGUCUUGAAGCGCUUGAUGACAUGUUCUACCUACACACAGGGUUUGUAAUUGAAAAUGAGCGAGAUGAAAGAAAGUUGGAGAAGUUAUCUUUGAGGAAGCAGUUAAGACUGAAAAGUCAAGAACAGCAAAAUGUGAAUCCCGUGUGUGAUAGUCCGAUGAUUAGCACGUCAAUGCCUACUCAUACUCCGUUUUCACCAAACGGACAGAACAUAUAUUUGAACGAAUAUCAUAACGCAAAUGGGAAGAGAACAUUUCAAGCAAAAGUCACAAAAAGCAUUACAAAUUGCUAUACAAUUGAGACGGUUAUAGAUGGGAAGCCUCUGCGUGGAGUUUUAUUCUCAAACAACCUAGGAUCCAAGAAGCCAGCCGCUGAUGAUUUAAGAAGGAAAAGGGUUGUAGUCGACGGUGGAAAAAAGGGUUUUGAGCAUAUUAUGACGGAUACCACAAGAAGUCCUGAACACCAGACACCAGGCGCCACCUCAGCUGCUUCUGAUAUGAAAACUCCGGCAACUUCUAACAUGUCUCUAUCCCAUGAGGUCUCCGGAGGUAGAAAAUCGUCUUUGGAAUUGAACAUGACGAAUACAUCAACUGCAGCUGAAGACACCGCCAAUUCAGCUCCUAACCAUGACGGUCAACCUCAACCCGAAGAACAUUGUCCAUCGAGUCCUCUAACACAGCAAGUUUAAUCCCAGUUCAGAAACUAAUCAAAUGCUACUGGGUUUUAAGGUGAUCACUGGAGUUGCCGAAGAGUCAUGGUCAGUUAAAAAACACCAAGUCUCUGAUCUGCUCGACUCAAAUGGGCGAUGAUGAUUCAUUUGCAUAUGUCGUCUUGUGAUCCUUGAUGACCAAACCCAAAAUCUUGGGGAGAUCUCAACAAACUUAAAAAAUGUAGUACCAACUCUCUUGGCAUGUGAUUACUGCUUUGAUUUCCUAGUGUGAUAGGUAACAGAAUUAAAUGACGAUGAUGAAGGUAAAUCUGUAAUUAUAUUUGAUAAAACUGAAAAAGGUAAUACAAUUACUCGCCA